GACUGCACGCCUAUAAAUUGCCGGAGUCGUUUGACAGCUCACAAGAAGCGUCAGAGCUCGGAGGGUGAGGAUCGCUCUGUGGAAUACUUCCCUAUACAGGAUUUAUCACAGCACUUUUUUCUUCUAUAGACUUUACAAUUAAAAGAUUUUUAACACAAGUGGAAUGCUACAUAUUACUUCCUCCAUUUUUAUGGCCAAUGUAAGUGCAACUCGAAGGCAACAACAACAACGACAAAGAAUUCAAGCUGAAGAAACCUGAGAAAAAGUAAAAAGUCAUUUAAAAAAUCCAGUCAACAAAUCAAGUGUGACUGUUUCACUUAGUGAAAAAGAACAACAUGGUUGGAAUCAAGCCCACAGAUCUAGCUCCUACAGCCACUGUAAAGUUCUUCGGUGCUGGAACAGCAGCCUGCAUUGCUGACUUGGUGACCUUUCCCCUGGACACAGCUAAAGUCAGGCUUCAGAUCCAGGGCGAGUCCAAACCUGCUCCAGGAGCAGCACCGGUGAAGUAUCGGGGUGUGUUUGGUACUAUCACCACAAUGGUGCGCACAGAAGGGCCGCGGAGUCUCUACAACGGGCUUGUUGCUGGACUGCAGCGGCAGAUGAGCUUUGCGUCUGUCCGCAUUGGUCUUUAUGACUCGAUGAAGCAGUUCUACACUCGAGGAUCUGAGAAUGCAGGCAUUGGGAGUCGCUUACUAGCAGGCUGCACUACCGGGGCCAUGGCUGUAGCGUUUGCACAGCCCACAGAUGUAGUAAAGGUACGCUUCCAGGCACAAGUGCGUAUAGCUGAAGGAGCAAAACGUUACAAUGGAACUAUGGACGCCUACAAGACCAUCGCUCGUGAUGAAGGCAUCAAAGGGUUGUGGAAAGGUUGCCUGCCGAAUAUCACAAGAAAUGCUAUUGUAAACUGUGCUGAGCUGGUAACCUAUGACAUCAUCAAAGAACUCAUAUUAAAGUACAAUCUUAUGACAGAUAACUUGCCCUGCCACUUCACGGCUGCGUUCGGAGCUGGUUUUUGCACCACCAUCGUAGCCUCUCCAGUGGACGUGGUGAAGACUCGCUUUAUGAACUCCACUGCAGGCCAGUACAGCAGUGCCAUCAACUGUGCCAUCACCAUGAUGACCAAGGAAGGACCCACUGCCUUUUACAAAGGGUUCAUGCCCUCGUUCCUUCGCCUGGGAUCCUGGAACAUUGUGAUGUUUGUCUCAUAUGAGCAAAUAAAGAGAGCUGUAACUAGAGUGCAGCAAUCCUGGGAGGCUCCAUUUUGAAUAGAUCUUUUCAAGAUAACAAAAGCCGGAUACAAAAGACAACCUGAUCCCCACCAUGUCCAGUUAUAUUACAAUUAGCUGGAUAACGUUAGCGUCAAAGACCUGUGUGAUGGAUUUGGUAUUUUCUGGAAUAUUUUUUUAAAAAAUAGGCUAGAGUUGUGAUGGUUGUGCCUACUGAUCAUGAAAAAAGGAUUGUUUUUGUUAAGGACAUUGUAUUGGAGAUGAUCCUGUGGACAAGGCCAAGUACAGUUUGGAACACUUUCCCAGCAAGUCAACAUAUUUCCCCUAUAGAGCUUGCAUUUCUUUUUGUCUCCUCUAUAGUACGUCAAUAUUUGUUUGCAUAGGUGUUUGGGAAAAUGAAGUUUAAUGUGAAGUUUACAGAUUUGUUUACAAGCGCUACAAAUUUUGGGUCCAUAGCUUAUUAACAGAUUAUAGACAGAUAGAUUUGUUCCAUGUAUAACAAAUGUUAGGAUAUUUUUAUACAAUGUGCAUUCCUGGUAAUAAAACUGAUUAUGUAAAUGUU